AUGACGCUGAUCGCCGACUCCCUCCGUCUGCGCAGCGAGACGCUCUGCAUGGCGUUUAUCUACACGAACAAAUACCACCACUUCCACGCCUCCUCCGCGCUCCCGUCCCCCGCCGACCCACUGGACCCGCACACCCUCGCACUAGCCUCCCUCUCCCUCGCCACAAAAAGCACCGAGUCCCCGCGGCGCCUUCGCGAGUUCCUUCUGCCAGCAUACGCGCUCCUGCAGCCGACCGCAGCGCCGCUGACGUUCCCGUCGACGCUGUACGAUGCGCUGCGCGCCACCCUCGUCACCGCGGAGCUGAUCCUGCUGCGCGUCCUGCGCUUCGAUAUCCGCCUGCCCCAGCCGCUGGACUACGUCCCGCGCUUCCUGUCGAAGGCGCUGGCCCUGCCGGGGACAGAGCACCUUGAGGGGCUGGCCGAGGACGAGCGAGAGGAGGUCAGCGUCGUGGAGGCGUCAGAGACCGCCCUGGGUAGGGAGGUUCGCGCUGUGGUCUUAAUGGCGGUUAGGGAUUAUAGGCUCGUGAAUCUUUUCACGGCCCGCACCGUCGCCGCAGCCUGCUUUUUUGUCGCGGCGGAGAGGAUGGGUGUUGUCCUUGUGGGCGUCGACGAAACGGGGAGGGAGGAGUGGGUGAAGCGGUUGACGAGUGGGAGGGUCGAAUUUGAGGAUUUUGAGGACGCGGUGGAGGAGGUGGGGAAGGUACUGGGGCAGCCGCGGGAGGAAUGA